AUGAGCCAGCGCGUAGCGCGCCCUGUCGCGCGGUACCGCCCAGGCCAGGCGCCGGCAGCUGCACAGGAUGUGGACUCGUCAGACGAAGAGACCGUGCCGUCAUCGAAGCCCGUAGAGCGUGUGCGUCUCCCUAGCCGCGUGACAUCCGCGCCGAAAGUCGCCGCGGCGGUGCCGGUCGCUCCUACCGCGCCUCGGCCAGCAGCUGCGCCGGUGGAUAUGGACGAAUAUGAAACCGACUCCGAGGAGGAUGUCAAGCCGACCCGCCCUGGUCCCUCAACACACACGCCGCCUGCGCGGACGCAGCCGCCGCCCCCUCGCCCCCUGAAUAAGCAAGCGCUGCCGCCAGCGGCGGUACAGCUCCAUGCCCCGCCCAUCCAAGAUGCAUCUUCGUCAUCCGAGUACGAUUCAGAGUCGGAGGACGAGAGUGAGGAUGAGGCGCCUGCGCCGUUGCUCAAACCUGUGUUUGUGUCCAAACGCGAUCGCGCCGCUCCUAAGCCGGAACAUGUGGAAACGACGAAGCGCUCGGCAGAAGCCUUACAAGCCGAAAAGAAAGCGGCGCAUGAUCUUGCUGCAGAGCGUGUCGUACGUGCCUUGAAAGAGAAGCAGCAUGACGAGGAAACGAUGGAGAUUGAUGAUACUGAUGGCCUGGAUCCCGACGCGGAGUUCGCCGCAUGGCGCGUACGUGAGCUUGCGCGGCUGGAGCGCGUUCGGCAGGCGGAGCGUGCACGCCAGCUGGAAGAAGAAGAGGUGGCGCGCCGCCGUGCCUUGCCGGAGGAUGUGCGUCUCCGAGAAGAUAUGGCGCAUGCGCGGCAGACGCGGGCAGAGAAGCAGCGUGGCCAGCAAGGGUUCAUGCAAAAAUACUAUCACAAAGGUGCCUUUUUCCAGGAUAUGGACAUUCUCCAGCGCGACUACUCGCAGAGUACGGGCGAUGCUGUGGAUAAGAGCCAGCUGCCGCAGAUCAUGCAGAAACGCAGCUUUGGCAAGCGCAGCCAGAGCAAAUGGACGCACCUCGCCGCAGAAGAUACGACAAAACAGGGUCUUCCUGACCUGCGUACACAGGGCGCGACGCGCCGUACCUAA